CUCUCAAAUUCACGGCACAACCUGAAGAUCUUCAAAUAACAAACAAGUUCCCCAAACUUGAUCAGUUCUCAACUGUAAUUGACGACUUCUACUCAAUAUGGCGCCCGCAGCAAUCUCGCCACCGUCAUCACCGCGCCCUUCCGGUACCCCCUCUUCAGACAUUUCAGGAUAUCAGGGCUACCACCAUGUCCACUGGUAUGUCGGAAACGCUAAGCAGGCUGCCUCUUUCUAUGUAUCUCGCAUGGGCUUCGAGCGUGUCGCAUAUAGGGGCCUAGAGACCGGAUCAAGAGCUACUGCCUCUCAUGUUGUGCGAAAUGGCAAUGUUACUUUCGUUCUCACAUCACCGUUAAGGUGUCUAGAGCAGGGCUCGAGAUUCAGCAAGGAGGAUGAACAGUUGCUGAUGGAGAUCCAUAAGCAUCAGGAACGACACGGGGAUGCUGUCAAAGAUGUGGCUUUCGAAGUCGACGAUCUAGACGCGAUAUACUCCGCCGCCGUCGCCUCAGGCGCAGACGCAAUUGCCGCACCCCACAACAUCUCUGAUGCAUACGGGUCAGUGCGGCUUGCUACCAUCAAGACAUACGGCGAUACGACACACACUCUGAUCCAGAAGAGCGACUACAGCGGUGUUUUCCUGCCGGGAUAUCGACCAGAAACCAAAGCCGCCGACCCCCUCUCACGAUUCCUGCCACAAGUACAGCUCUCCAACAUCGACCACUGCGUUGGGAACCAAGACUGGGACGAAAUGGAGAACGCAUGCGAAUACUACGAGAAGGUUCUCGGCUUCCACCGCUUCUGGAGCGUUGAUGAUAAGGACAUCUGCACAGAGUACUCAGCGCUCAAGUCCAUCGUCAUGAGCUCACCCAACGACGUUGUCAAGAUGCCCAUCAACGAGCCUGCAAAGGGAAAGAAACAAUCGCAAAUCGAAGAGUACGUCGACUUCUAUGGCGGACCGGGCGUCCAGCACAUUGCUCUCCGAACAGACAACAUCGUGCGCGAUAUCACGAACCUCAAAGCGCGAGGUGUCGAGUUCAUCAAAGUCCCCGAGACAUACUAUGACAACAUGAAGAUGCGACUAAAGAAGGCGGGGUUGUCGCUAAACGAAGACUUUGAGGUACUGAAGGGUCUGGACAUUCUCAUUGAUUUUGAUGAGGGUGGCUACUUGCUACAGCUCUUCACGAAGCAUUUGAUGGAUCGGCCAACAGUGUUCAUUGAGAUCAUCCAGCGGAAUAACUUCGAUGGCUUUGGUGCGGGCAAUUUCAAGUCACUAUUCGAAGCUAUUGAGCGCGAGCAGGAAUUGAGGGGUAAUUUGACAUGAGAAUAUAGUUAGCGGUAGCAUUUCCUGGCGUUCUCAAAUCACUUCAUCUCCUUGUUCUAUAUUAUACUAGUCCUGUCGUAUCAUGUGCAUCCUC